AUGAACCCACGGCGUCUUGUAGCAGCAACUGUCGUCUUGCUUGGAACCGCUGCUGCGCGGCCGAUCCUAGAGACCCCGGCGGGUACCAUUAUUGGUUCCGUGGUUGAUGGCGUUGAAUACUAUCGCGGAAUUCCCUAUGCCCACCCACCCAUAGGCCCAUUACGUCUGAAGCCUCCUGUACGGCUGGAGAGAUUGGGCACAUUUAACGCAACCGGAUUCGGUCCUUCCUGUCCACAAAUGGCAUUUCAAGAGUCUCCACCACUUUUCAACGAGGUGGUGACAAACCCUGUGGUCGAAAGAGCGCUCUUUCUGGGAGCAGCAUUGGGCAAUGAGGGCGAAGACUGCUUAACCAUCUCCAUUAUGCGUCCAGAAGGCACCUCUAAGGAUGCUCGCUUGCCGGUUCUAUUCUGGCUGCACGGUGGUGGAUUCGAAAUCGGCAGCUCACAGCCAUACAACGCUUCUGUCUUGGUUCCCAGGGGCGUAGCCCAGGGCAGGCCGUUCAUCCUUGUCUCUGUCAACUAUCGUCUUGGAGGUUUUGGCUUUCUCGGAGGCAAGGAGCUGCUUGCGGAAGGAUCCACAAAUCUAGGGCUCCUCGAUCAGCGGAUGGCUCUUGAAUGGGUGGCUCACAACAUCGCAGGUUUCGGUGGCGAUCCGGACGCGGUUACCAUAUGGGGCGAAAGCGCCGGAGCACUUAGCGUCUUCGAUCACCUCACACUGUAUGACGGCGACAAUACCUACAAUGGCCGUCCUUUGUUUCGGGCCGGCAUUAUGAACAGCGGCAGCAUCCUACUGGCUGAUCCGGUUGAUGGUCCCAAGGCCCAAGCUGUGUUUGACACUGUCGUAGAAGCUGCCAACUGCUCGGCACACCCUACCUUGGACAAAGUAGCAUGCCUAAGGGAAACUGACUACCAAAAGUUCUUAGCGGCUACAAAUUCUGUUCCCAUAUUCAUGAGCUACAGCGCCCUUGCGCUCAGUUAUAUGCCGCGUCCUGAUGGCAAAAUCCUCACGGCAAGCGGCGAAGCUCUGGCGAAAGCCGGGAAGAUUGCUCGAGUCCCAAUAAUUGUUGGCAAUAUGGAAGAUGAGGGCACCAUUUCGUCUAUAUUUCAAGCCAACAUAACUACCGAAAACAUGCUCGUGUCGUACUUGAACGACGUCAUCUUCCCCGGAGCUACUCGGAAAGACAUUGCUGCUUUAGUCAGUACAUACCCGUACAACAACGGCACGGUCGGGAGUCCAUUCGGCACCGGCACAAUGAAUCAAGCAUACCCUCAAUUCAAACGGUUGGCGGCCAUAAUCGGCGAUGUCUUCUUCAUCCUCAUGCGGCGGGCUUUCCUGGAUAUGUUACCCGCUUCCAUGCCCGCGUGGUCUUUCCAAGCCGCCUUUGAGCGUGGAACACCAAUCCUUGGGACCUUCCACACAUCGGACUUGCCACGCAUUUUCUACGGCAGUGAUGACGCUAGCCGAGCGAUGCAGGACCGUUAUAUCGCCUUCGUGACCUCGCUCGACCCCAACAGUGGAAUCUCCGGUUCUGCUGGCUAUAGAACUUCCUGGCCAAAGUGGAAAGAGUCGCAGCAACUACUCGAAUUCGGAGCUAACUCAACCCGGCUCAUCCCUGACGACUUCAGGGUGUCAAGCUUCGAGUAUAUCCAGGCGAACUUGGACAACCUCCACCAAUAG